AUGUUGAGUGCUAAGAACAUAUCUAGAGCAGUUGGAUUAAUAUCAGGUGCUAGGAAAACCUUCAAUGCGAGACAGUUCUCAUCUGGCGUUACUCGUUUGAAUGCCAGCCAUGAUUCUGGCAGGAAGCCUUAUACCAAUGCCUUAGGCAGAGAUGCAAAGAGGUAUUCUGAUGAACCAGGUACUUUCGGUAAGACCACUUUCACAGAAGUAAUGGAUGAAGUGGAUAUGACAUGGGGUAGAGAUGAUGAUCCCAAGAAUGUCGAGAAACAAAAUACAAAAAUUAGGCAUUUCACAAUUAACUUUGGACCACAGCACCCUGCUGCCCAUGGAGUGUUGAGGUUGAUCUUAGAGCUUCAUGGAGAAGAAAUUGUGAGGGCCGAUCCUCAUGUCGGGUUAUUGCACAGAGGAACUGAGAAAUUGAUUGAAAUCAAGACUUACAUGCAAGCUCUUCCAUAUUUCGAUAGAUUGGACUAUGUCUCCAUGAUGACGAAUGAGUUGGUUUUUGCCUUAGCUGUUGAAAAGCUCUUGAACAUAGAUAUUCCUUUAAGAGCCAAAUAUAUUAGAACUUUGUUUGGUGAAAUUACUAGAAUCUUGAAUCACUGUAUGUCCGUCUUGUCCCAUAUUAUGGAUGUUGGUGGUUUGACUCCUUUCUUAUGGGGUUUCGAGGAAAGAGAAAAAUUGAUGGAGUUUUAUGAAAGAGUUUCGGGUGCCCGUUUGCAUGCAAACUAUGUCAGACCGGGUGGUGUUUCUCAAGAUUUACCAGCAGGUUUAUUAGACGAUAUCUAUAUGUGGGCCACUCAAUUCGGUGAUAGAAUCGAUGAGACCGAAGAGUUGGUUACGGAUAACCGUAUCUGGCAAGCUAGAACUAAAGAUGUUGGAGUCGUGACUGCUGAGGAUGCAUUGAACUACUCCCUCUCUGGGGUUAUGUUAAGAGGCUCUGGAAUCCCUUAUGAUAUUAGGAAAGCGCAGCCAUAUGAUGCUUAUGAAUUGGUAGAUUUCGAUGUUCCUGUUGGUUUGAACGGUGAUUGUUAUGAUCGUUAUUUAUGUAGAAUGGCUGAAUUUAGGCAAUCUUUGAGGAUUAUUGAACAGUGUAUCAACGACAUGCCUGAAGGUCCUGUUAAAACAGAAGAUUAUAAAGUUUCUGUUCCUCCUAGAAGCCUUAUGAAAGAAGAUAUGGAAGCUUUGAUCCACUACUUUUUGAUAUAUACUAAAGGCUAUGCUGUUCCACAAGGUGAAACUUACACUGCAAUCGAGGCUCCGAAAGGAGAGAUGGCUGUCUACGUUGUUUCAGAUGGUUCAGAGAGACCUUAUAGAUGUAAAAUCAGAACCCCAGGAUUUGCUCACUUGGCUGCGUUUGACCAUAUCUCGAGAGGAAAUUUGUUGGCAGAUGCCGUCGCAAUUAUUGGUACCAUGGAUUUGGUGUUUGGUGAAGUUGAUCGAUAG